UUUCAUUAUACUGGUGACGAUUUUGAGAAUAAUGUUUGCUUCAAUUCGUUCCGUGUUCCCAAUCAAUUCUAGUAUUUUUUUUCUGCGUUUGCAUUCUAGCAGUUUUCUUAAUAAUAUUGCGUUCUCUGACAUUUUGUUUCAGACUUAAGUCUAAGAUGUCGUCAGGGGAGAGAUUUGUUCGCGCUCCCGAGUUCCAAAGUGAUUCGGAAAAUUCCGACGUGUGUUCCUUGGAUAAACCAGGCUACCGAACAAGGAAAACGAUACUGCUCGUAGCGGGGACAAUGACAGUGACACCGAAGAUGACGAAGGAGAAACUGCAAAGUCUAUCGCAGAAACUUACAGUUCGACGCUUCCGGCCAUGCAAGGCAACCAGACUCACGAAUUGAUGGCCAACCAGUGUGAUGAGGUCAACCGGAACAAGAACCUAAACAACGCGUUUACAGAGCCAUCAUCCAGCUCAGCUGGCAUCGCCUGGCAUAAAAUUCCGGCGUUUCCGAACGACGUCGCCCCAAAUAAAAUGUGGGAGCAAUGGCACCGAUUCAUUCAACAUUUCGAAAUCGCAGUCUCUCUCGCUAACAUCAAUUCCGCGCACACCAACUUUGUUUUUGGCACUCGGAGAAAGAUUACAGGCAAUCAUCCACGCCGCCAGCAUCCGACCAAACUUGAAUGAUCCUAGCUGUUACACCGUUUUCGUGAAAGAUAUGCAGGAAUACUUACGUUCAUUGGUGGACGUAACAGUGGAGCAUACGGCGUUCACUGAUAUGAAGCAACGAUCGGGCGAGUCGGCCCUGCUUUUCCAUGCCCGCUUGAAGCAGAAAAUUUGUCUUAUCGGAUACACGGAAGCUGACCAAGACAAAGCCGUUCAUACCCAGCUUUUGAAAGGAAUGAGGGAUAAGGAACUGGCAAAAUCAGCAAGAACCCUCGGAUAUCCCACCUCCUUCGUUGUACAAUGUGCCACCCGAGAAGAAGCCUACACAGCUGAAUCGGAGCAACCAGGACCAUCACAUACGUUUGCAGUUCAACGGAAUGGUCGGCAGACUUCUAAUAGGUCACAGUGGAAGCGAGAGCGUGAAAUGAUCAAUGACGGUGGGAACCAACGGAAUAAACGGGAUUCGAGCGAUUCAAUGAACCGUGGACAAGCACGUCGCUCACGGUGUUCUAAGUGUAACAUGUUGUUCCACAAAUAUGGAACCUGCCCAGCGGAAAAGAACAACUGCAGGUCUUGCGGAAAGCGUGGCCAUUUCGAGGUCGUGUGCUGGAAGAAGGUUGCCAACACUGUUCAGGCUGAACGCAGCCUUUCUCCGGGAUGGACGAAAGAGGAGGACGAAGGAAAAAAGUGGACGCCUUGUAGACUGUCGGGUGGGAUUUUCAAACCCAAUUCGUUUUCUGAUAGACUCGGAGUCGGAUGUCAAUACUAUUGGCGGCAGUGACUGGAAACGACUAAAGCAUGAGUUUCAUGCAGGCAUAGCCCCAUUAGAGCCAAUCCAGUUAUCGGAGGGCAAUGACUUGCGACCAUACGCUUCAAACAAACCCCUUCCAGUAACAUGUGCAUUUAGGGCCGAAAUACAGGUUAUGGAACAGGAUAAACCAUUAAUUAAUGCAGAGUUCCUAGUUAUCGAUAAAGGCACUCGUUCUCCUCUGAGUCGUUCAACGGCAGGUGACUUAAGGCUGUUAAAGGUUGGCUUAUCCAUCAACAACUGCGAAAGACCGGACAAGACGACUACGUUCCCUAAAGUACCAGGUGUCCUAGUGAAGUUCAGUGUUGACAAGUCUGUCCCUCCGGCGAAGAACGCUUUCUACAAUGUGCCUGCCGCUUAUAGGGAAAGUGCGAAGGACAGACUUUCGAAAAUGGAACAGCAGGGCAUCAUUGAACGUGUAACGGUAGCACCGGACUGGAUAAGCGGAAUGUCAGCGGUGCCCAAAGGAAAGAACGACUUCCGCUUAGUCGUGAACAUGCGGGCACCGAAUCGCGCGAUCAAACGCGAAUA